UAGCUUAACAUAUCGUCUUCAAGACUCUAACCUCUUUCAUCCUUCUUCUAUAAUAGCUUUAAGUACCUUAUUAAUUCCUUUUCUUACCCAACAUUAUCACCAUUUCUAUACACAAAAACAUUUCUCAAACACCCAAAAAAAAAAAAAGUUAUAAUGAAAAGAGAGGGACGUCAGCAUGGUGUUGUUAGUUGCUACCAAAUCUUUCCAAAUUUAUCAUCUCAACAAAGAUAUGCAAAGAUGGUGGAUUCUGCAUCAACCAUGGGCUUGUUUGCCAAAGUUCCAACUAAGCCUACAAACCAAUCUAAAUUCACAGGCAAAUGUCAAAAGCCGAGGUGCAACCGUUGUCGUGUUCACCCGGUUUGUAAGUCCAAAGACAAGGCUAAAGGAACCAUGAAGUAUAGAGCCAUACAUGUCGAAAAUGAGUUGGGUAAAUAUUCUUUUGGGACAUCGGCUACUGGGGUUUUGGCUUAUUUGGUUGAUGAUGAUGGUGGUUAUGGCAAUGAUCAUGAUUACGAUUAUGAUUAUGAUUAUGAUUACCAGGAUAGAGUAGAAGAAAACUAUGAGUAUGAUCAUACUUAUGAUUAUGAAUAUACUCGUGAUCAUGAUCUUGAUCAUCGUGUUGGAUUCGAGAUAGAGAUAGAUGAUGGUUCACUUGAGGCAGAUGCAGAUGUGAAUGAUGCUGAAUCUGAUGAUAGUGAAACCGAUGAUGACGAUGCCAUGAGCUUUUGUGAUGUGGGAUUAUGUUGGGGACAUGAAGAAGGGGAGGAGUAUGGAGAUGAUGGAUGGUACUUGGUGGGUGGUCAAAUGCAGUAAAUAAUUCCAAUUCUUUUGAUCAAAGUCAAUCAGAAAGAUCACAAUCUAUUCUAACUGUUCAUGAUGAUUCUGGGUUUGAUCUAAAUUGUUGUUAAUACUUGUUAAUUAUGUAUCGUAUUGACUAUUGAUUGCUUAUUGUGUAUUAUUAAAAUUAAAUAAUUAUUUAAAUAAAAGUU